GAAAUGAAAAACCAAUCAAUGGAUUUCAUUCUUGUAGGACUAACAGAUGACCCACUAUUGCAAAUUGUAAUUUUCCUGUUUCUAUUUCUUAACUACACAUUAAGUCUGAUGGGAAACUUAGCCAUAAUACUCCUUACCUUGCUGGAUUCACGCCUGAAAACACCAAUGUAUUUCUUUCUUCGUAAUUUCUCAUUUUUGGAAAUCAUAUUCACAACAGUAUGUAUUCCCAGAUUCCUGGUAACCAUUGUGACUAAAGAUAAAACUAUUACGUACAAUAGCUGUGCAGCUCAAUUAUUUUUUAUUCUUUUACUGGGAGUUACAGAAUUUUAUCUUCUUUCUGCCAUGUCCUAUGAUCGUUAUGUUGCCAUAUGUAAGCCCUUACAUUACCCAAUCAUUAUGAAUAGCAAAGUAUGUUAUCAGCUUGUUCUUAGUUCUUGGGUAACUGGAUUUCUAAUCAUUUUUCCUCCAUUGACCAUGGGGCUCAAGCUGGAUUUCUGUGCAUCAAGAGUAAUUGAUCACUUUAUGUGUGAAACGUCUCCUAUCCUGCAGAUCUCCUGCACAGACACACAUGUCCUAGAAUUGAUGUCUUUUAUCUUAGCUGUAGUAACACUUGCGAUCACCUUGGUCUUAGUGAUUAUCUCUUAUACAUGCAUCAUUAGGACCAUUCUGAAAUUCCCUUCUGCCCAGCAAAGGAGCAAAGCUUUUUCCACCUGCACUUCACACAUGAUUGUUGUCUCCAUCACCUAUGGCAGCUGCAUUUUUAUGUAUAUUAAACCAACUGCGAAAGAAAGAGUGACUGUAUCCAAAGGUGUAGCUUUGCUGUACACUUCAGUUGCCCCUCUACUAAAUCCCUUCAUUUAUACUUUAAGGAACCAGCAAGUGAAAGAAGUCUUUUGGGAUAUGCUACAAAAAUUAUGUUUUUCAAAAAAACGACUGUAA